AUGAACGUCGCAGGGUUCAAUGUAAACCACUUCGAUAUCGCUCCUCGUUAUGCAUCCAUACUGAUGGGUCUGUCAAAUGGUUUUGGAGCUCUUGCCGGCUUGAGCGGAUUCAUCACGCAGCAUCUCACUGUCAACAAUCCUGCUGGCUGGAAAUACUGCUUCCUUCUCGCAAUGUCUGUUGAUAUUUUCGGCAUCAUCUUCUUCUUGCUAUUCGCCAAGGGUGAAAUACAGGACUGGGCACGAGAGCCUGAACCAGAGGAAACCCUGGGAGAGUUCGUCAGGCGAAUUUCAACACUAGUCCGCAAUAUGUCAUCAAAACGACGGUCUUCUGGUUCACGCGGGGAAGGCACUCAAAUAGACUAUGCUCGAAUGGAGGAAGAACGCAACAACUCGUCCGAAAUGGAGCCACGAAAAGGGUCAGAAAGGGAGGAAGUGACGCUCCCUGAGGAACAAGCUCAGGAUCCCAGCAAGACCACCGAUCGACCAGUUGUUUGA